AUGGAUCAGUGCAAUGAUGGGACUCGACGGCAGUCGGAAAUCGGAGACGCUGAGUCAGCGAGAGCUCCCGCGUCAGCUCGCCUGCCUGUUAAGCUAUCCAGGUCCCGGCGAAUCGUCAUUGCUGAACCUCAACAUCUGCUGCGCUUCUUUGACCGUCUUUCGUAUUUCUCAUCGUCGACCGGUUUCAAUUCCUUCAUCAACACUGACUUUACAAUGGAUCACUUCCCAGGAACCUGGGGCCGACCCCGAAACGAUGUCUACGGAGCCUACGACCCAUCAUAUCUCCAGACUACUGGGCCCAAGACACAUACCACUUCCCCUGCCGUGACUGGUACAUCAGUGGUGGGUGUGGUGUUCAACGGAGGUGUCGCUAUAGCCACCGAUAACUUGGCUUCAUACGGUUCUUUGGCCCGAUUCACGGACACAAAGCGGCUACGUGUGUUUGGCGAACAGGCCGUCGUCGGCUUCGGCGGCGACGUGUCCGACAUGCAAUACAUUGAUCGUCUCCUUGAAUCGAUGGACAUUCGCGAGAACUACUCCUCUCACGGCAACACGCUCAACGCCAAAAACCUGCACACCUACCUCGCAAAGGUUUUCUACAAACGUCGAUCGGAGUUCAACCCCCUCUGGAACCACGUGCUGGUUGCCGGCUUCGACGGCGAGGGCAAGCCAUUCCUCAGCUCUGCAGACCUGCUCGGCACCACGUUCUCUGCGCCUCACCUGGCGACCGGUUUCGGUGCUCAUUUGGCGGUUCCUAUCCUCCGUCGGCUGUUCCCCGAGGAGAAGCCCGUGGAGGAGAUUACCCAGGAAGAGGCGGUGGACGCACUUAAGCAGUGCAUGAAGGUCCUCUUCUACCGGGAUGCCCGGAGUACGGACAAGUACUCGAUAGCCGUUAUCACGAAGGACAAGAUUGAUUUGAAGGAGGACGAACAGUUGGAGAGUCAGAGCUGGGCCUUUGCCGAGAGAAUCAAGGGUUACGGGCGUCAGACGGUCUAG